AUGAAGGUUCUCGUCACCGGAGGCAGUGGGUUUAUCGCAGCACACGUUAUAGAUUCGCUGCUUCAAGGCGGCCAUAACGUUGUGUUCACAGCUCGCACUGCCAGCAAGGCAGACCACAUUUUGCAGAAUCACCAAAACAUACCCAAGGACCGAUUGAGUUAUGUCAUAGUCGAAGAUAUUGCAAAAGAGAACGCCUUCGAUGAGGCUGUCAAGUCGGAUCCGCCAUUCGAUGCUGUCCUCCAUACAGCCUCACCGUUCCACUUCAACGUGACUGACCCUAAGAAGGAUCUCCUCGACCCGGCAAUCGUGGGAACAACAGGUAUCCUCAAAUCAAUCAAGAGCUACGCACCCAGUGUCAAGCGUGUAGUAGUCACAUCCUCUUUCGCGGCUAUCGUGAAUCCAAAACAGACUCCAGAAGUCUACGAUGAAUCCUGUUGGAACCCAGUAACGAUGGAGGAAGCGCUCAAAACAGAUCCUUCAACCGCCUACCGAGGCAGUAAGACCUUUGCUGAGAAAGCCGCCUGGGACUUUGUCGAAAAGGAGAAGCCAAACUUUGACUUAUGUACCGCCAACCCACCUCUGGUAAUCGGACCAGUUGUUCACCAAUUCGAUUCCCUGACUUCACUAAACACGUCCAAUGAAAACGUGAGAGAUAUGAUCCAAGGAAAAUUUAAAGACGGCCUCCCACCCACACGAGUCGCGCUCUGGGUCGACGUCAGAGAUAUAGCACUCGCACACGUCAGAGCCAUGGAACGACCCGACGCCGGCGGCAAGCGAUUCUUCGUCACAGCCGGCUUUUUCACGAACAGCGAAGUCGCAGACAUAAUCAAGAAGAACUUUCCGGAUUUGGUAAGCAAGUUGCCGGAUAAUUACGAUGCUCAGUCAAAGGAGUUUCCGUAUAAGAUCGACAAUUCGAGGAGUAAGGAGGUACUCGGGUUACAGUACAGAUCGUUAGAGGAAAGUAUUACUGAUUUAGUUAAGAGCCUGAAGGCUGCUGGAGCGUAG